GUGAAAGUGGAAAGUCGUCGGACAACUUCCUCACUACCAGUGCUUCAACUAAACAACACUUUUGCAGUUUUGCUCACUUUUUUGAUGCAAACAGUGUUUAGUGUUUUAGUGUUUAGUGACGCAGUCAUUGCCAGUCCUCACGAGUCCAAUAUUAUUGAUAUAUCAUCUAAUUUGAUACCAUUUAUUGUUUGUGAUAACCGACCAAAUUUGACAUAACCAGUGAUGAAAGUAAUGUGAGGACCAAAUCAUGAUUCCGAUGGAUUCAGUGAAAGGGCUGGUUCUGUGGCUGUUAUCAGUGCUGAGCUGGUCGUGUCUGAGUUCAGCUCAAUAUAGGCCCAAAUGGCCGUCACCUUACGUUCAAAGAGAAAUAUUUGUAUUAAAUCUAGAGGACGGAUACUUUGGGUGCCAAGUCAACGAAUCUACAGAUUUUCUACAAUUAUUUGAAUUAUCCAAACUUUGUGAUGGAAUACCUCAAUGUUUCCAGGGAUCAGAUGAGGUUUCACUUGAACUCAAGUGCACCGACCGAAAUCAUUGUCAUCCAAAAUUGCCAAAAUGUCUGAACGGUGUGUGUUUAGACAGUCUGUGCUAUUGUAACGAUGGUUUUGGUGGUAAAGGUUGUGACCUACCAGAUGAAAACGAGUGUAAAUACCGUCCGUGUGAUGUGUUUGCCCACUGCACCAAUACUAUGGGUAGUUAUUACUGUUCCUGUUUUCCCGGCUAUGAUGGCGAUGGCUUUUCAUGUCAUGACAUCAAUGAGUGUGAGAUCCCAGCACUGGCGGGUUUAUGUGCAGAUAAUGCCGAAUGUUGUAACCUACCUGGGCAUUUUGUUUGUAAAUGUAAACCUGGAUUCACAGGCAAUGCAACCGUUUCCUGCACAGAUAUCGACGAGUGUGUGAAUCCAAGUACUUGCGGAAGGGGUGCCAUUUGUGAGAACCUUGCGGGCAGUCAUAGCUGUCACUGUCCACUUGGCUUUGAAGGAGACCCUGCAGUGGAAUGUUGGGAUAUUGACGAAUGCAAAGUCAAUCCCUGUGGUCCCGGAGCCCUCUGUACAAACAUACCGGGCAGCUAUGAAUGUAGUUGUCCGUCUGGAUAUAGAGGCAAUCCUACACCGGCUGAUGGUUGCAUUGAUGUGGAUGAAUGUACCACAAGUGUGACACCUAUUUGUGGUACAGGUGCCAAUUGUGUUAACACACCCGGAGGUUACUUCUGUCAAUGUCCUACAGGAUAUACCGGUAAUCCAAAAGUCAGUUGUUUGGACGUCGACGAGUGUCCGCAUUCAUGCGGUGCUAACACUCACUGCCAGAACACACUCGGAAGCUAUUUGUGCGAAUGUAAGGCCGGCUUUGUUGGUGACCCCUAUCUAUCAGCCGGUUGUGUGGACGACGACGAAUGUCUUCGACCAAACACUUGUGGUCUUAAUACUGAUUGCUAUAACACUUUGGGUUCCUAUCAAUGCCAGUGUAGUGUCGGUUAUACUGGAAAUGCAGGACUUGUUUGCGCCGAUAUCGAUGAAUGUCUACAAAGUCCAUGUGGUGCCGGUGCUCAAUGUAUUAACUCUGCCGGGUCAUAUUACUGCCAAUGUCCCGAUAAAUAUGUUGCCCGGGGAACACCUGAUUUGGGUUGCGAUCGGGCAGCAGUGGACGUGUCGUGUAAAUUUGAUUACGACUGUACUGAAAAUGCUGGAUGUAUUGAUGGGUCGUGUCGUUGUAAAAUUGGUUACCAGAUCAGUGGCAUUGAGUGCAUUGAUGUAGACGAGUGUAUGAACCGAAAUAUAUGUGGCAUUAAUGCUAAAUGUGUUAACACUUUGGGUGGUUAUGAAUGUGACUGCAAAGCGGGAUACGAAAAGAUUGAGUUGACGUCAAAGAGCCGGUGCAGAGACACCAAUGAAUGUGUUUUCGGGCGAUUCCCGUGCGGUGUAAAUACUAAAUGUAUUAACACUGAUGGCAGCUAUAAAUGCAUUUGUAAGGAUGGCUUCAUUGGCAACGCCACCAUUGGCUGCAAAUCUCCAUGUGAUGGAGUCAACUGUGGUAAACACGCCAUAUGUCAGGUGAAUGGCAUUGAGGCCGCCUGUGUUUGCGAUCAGGGCUUCACUUUCGAUCCCAACAAUAUAGCUCUGGGAUGUAUCGAUAUAAACGAAUGUGAUUCUAGUCACGGCCCCUCAGGUCUGUGUGGACAGGGAGCUGUUUGCAAUAAUGUACUCGGAAGCCAUCACUGUCAUUGCCCACCAGGCUUUACCGGAGAUCCAUUUCGCUAUUGUGAAGACAUUAAUGAAUGCGACCGACGUUUUGGUACAUUCGGACAGUGCGGCGAAAACUCAAUUUGUACCAACUCUUUAGGCUCAUACCAAUGUUCGUGUCCGUCAGGAUUUACUGGCAAUGCUAGAGAUAAAUGUGUUGACAUUAAUGAGUGCUCACAAGUGUUUGGACCCAACGGAAAGUGUGGUUUUUCUGCCGUCUGUACUAAUACUAUCGGUAGUUUUAGUUGUCGGUGUCCACCGGGAAGUCAUGGCGAACCAUUUACCCGAUGCGUUAUCGAGACAUUCUGUGACUCCAAGACAGGCUGUUCUGGAAAUGCCAUUUGUAAGAACAACAGAUGUGUUUGUCCGCCGCCUUUCUUUGGCGAGGGAUGUAAACAUCCCUGCGAUCAGCUAUUUUGUGGCGAACACGCAAAAUGUCAAUUGGACUCAAAUGGCAAUCCUUUAUGUGUUUGUGCCGAAGGCUAUGAAGGAAAAAGUAAUAGUCUUCCCGGUUGUGUCGACAUUGACGAAUGUGGGAACAAUCCGUGCGGACAGAAUGCUGUCUGUCGUAAUACUCCCGGUUCUUAUGAGUGUAUUUGUCCGCAUAAUUUCAGAGGUGAUCCAUAUUCUGAAUGUUCUAUUGAAGGAAAAGAGAGACUUGAGUGCUCUGAUACCAACCCGUGUCCUCUCAAUGAGGAAUGUGUCGAAAACAACAAAACACAUCAAUGUGUUUGCAGAAGAGGUUAUAUUCGGGAUGCUGUGGGCGAACAGUGCAGAGAUGUGAAUGAGUGCACAGAACUGACCAAAUCUGCGUGUGGUCUGAACGCCUUCUGUACAAACCUUGACGGAGGGUUUGUGUGUCAUUGUCCCACUGGUUAUACCGGAAACUCAUAUUCUGUCUGCUAUCCGGAUCUAAUGAAAUGUGAAAAAGACAAAGAAUGUCCGGGAAAUACCGUUUGUAUCAAUGAUACAUACGAUGGCAAACACUGUGGCUGUCAAACACCGUUUGUUAGAGAAGGAGAUUAUUGCAUAUUGUUGAGCCGAAAUUGUUCGACAGUUAAUACUUGUCCUCAAAAUCAAGAGUGCAUUUACUCGGGUUCAGGCUAUGGAUACUGUAUUUGUCCAAAAGGUUUCACACUUGAAGCCAAUGGCUUUUGUAGAGACAUCAAUGAAUGUGAAGAAAUGAAUGAAUUUGAAUUAUGUGGAUCUAAUACUGAAUGUGUUAACCUACCUGGGUCUUAUGAAUGUCUGUGCUCACCCGGGUAUUCUGGUGUCGGUAAACAAGGAUGUACCAGAAUAUACCAAUCGUGCGAAAAGGAUACUCAAUGUCCAACAAAUUAUAAAUGUCAACGAAAAUGGUGUGAAUGUAUGCCUCCAUUCAUAUUGGAUGGACAGUCAUGUAGACAUCCAUGUGAUUGGCAUCAAUGCGGUCAAAAUGCCGAGUGUACAUUAGGACCAAAUGGACCACAAUGUCGAUGCAAACCGGGUUGUACUGGAAAUGCUAACACUGGAUGCACGGAUAUUAACGAGUGUACCUCUCACUUACCAAUUGAUCCCAAUGGUCCCUGUGCUGUAUCAGCCAUUUGUGUGAAUGUUUUGGGCAGUUAUAAGUGUGAGUGUCCUUCUGGAGCUGAUGGCGAUCCGUACACUUCGGGAUGUUUUGGUCCAUCGCGAUGUGAUUCCAACCAAUAUUGUCCGGACGAUACAGUUUGUGACAGACAGGCAGGUGUUUGUGUUGACGCCUGCUUUUCUGCAGUUUGUGGACCUAAUACUGAUUGUUUGUCUGUCAAACAUGAGGCCAAUUGUCAAUGCAAACCUGGCUUUACUGGAAACCCCAAUGAUUUAAUUCAAGGCUGCGUCAGCCCCUGUACUAACGUCUGGUGCAGUAUUAACGCUCAGUGUAUUGUCAACAGCGAAAAUAUAGGAGUCUGUCAGUGUAUGUCUGGUUUCAAUGGAAAUCCAUGGGCUGGAGGGGGAUGUUAUCCAGAUUCAGGAUGUUCUUCAAGCAAACCCUGUGUUGACGGACAAGAAUGUAUUGAUGGCAAGUGCUUAGAGAAGUGCAGUGAUAGCAAGUGUGGAGUGGGAGCCAAAUGUGAUGUUCACACCAAUCAAUGCAAAUGUUUGCCAUUCUUUGUUGGAAAUCCAGACAUUCUGUGUGCGCCACCGCUUCCAUCGCCGCCCUUAUGUAACCCGGGCUGUGGUCUUAACUCUCACUGCACUUACUCGACACCAAACAAAUGUGUCUGCAAUUCAGGUUACAGUGGAAACCCAUACAAGUCAUGUACAUCAGUGCCCAGAUGUGAUAAUAUAGUUUGUGGUCACAGCGCUACCUGUCUUGAAGGCGCCACAAGUGUUGAGUGCAUCUGUCCGGCAGGACUUCACGGCAACCCAUAUCUUGGCUGUGAAGAUAUCAAUGAAUGUCUUCAGGGCAAUCCAUGUGGAACCGGUGCCAACUGUAUUAAUGUCAUCGGAAGCUUUCAAUGUAUAUGUCCUUCGGGUUUCAUUGGCAAUCCAUUCUAUGCCUGUCAACCACCCCGUGAAGCCGGUAUCGGUGAUCAAAUAGCAGGCAUAGGAUCUCCCUGUUCGACAACAUUUAACUGUCCGACUGGCGCCGUAUGUUUCCGUGGUGUAUGCGCUCAACCCAACGCUUGUAAACAUGACUCCCAGUGCGAACAUAACAACGCUUGUAAUUAUGUUAACAAAGAGAUUGGAUACCAAUGUGUCGAUCCCUGCGAUACAACUCAAUGCGGACCCAAUGCUUAUUGUAUUAGUACUGAACAUAAGCCCAUCUGUUACUGUAAAGACUCGCAUACGGGUGACCCACACGAUCUCGACAAGGGAUGCACUUCAAGAACUUUUCAACAAACUAUUAUUAGCUGUACUGUUGAUGACGAAUGUUCUGAAGGAUUUGUUUGCAAGCAAUCAGUUGAUGGCCAGAAAAGAUGUUCAGACGUGUGUUCAGGCAUACAGUGCGGACCAAAUGCUAUUUGUCAAUCACUGGGACGAAGACCAGAGUGUAAUUGUUUAGAUAAUUACGACGGAAAUGCUUACGAUCUUCAUAAGGGUUGUAAUCCUCCGCUUUGUAGAGAAGAUGGCGACUGUCAUCCGGACGAAACAUGUGUUCUUCUGUCUCAAGGAAUCAGAGAUUGUCAAAGUGUUUGUAAAGACUUUCAGUGCGGUAUUAAUGCCAUUUGUCGGGGAACGGGUCACACACCUUACUGUGAAUGUCGUCCUAACUUUAUUGGUGACGCUUAUGACAAUCGCUUUGGAUGUCAUCCGUUGGCCGUUACCUGUGCUGAUGACUCCAGUUGUCCUGAUUCACAAGCGUGUCGUCGUAUAGCUAAUGGACUUAAAAAUUGUACCGAUAUUUGCGUUAACGUUAGAUGUGGUCUAAAUGCACAUUGUGUUGGAAGAGGUCAUCAAGCAGUUUGUGAAUGUUUACCCGGUUUUAUAGGCGAUGCCAUUAGAAGCUGUCAGAAACCACCACAACAUUUGUGCGAUAGAGACGAUCAGUGCUCUCACGACAAGAAAUGCAUUUUAACCAAUGAAGACAUCAGAGACUGUGUCGACAUAUGCUUUGGCCAUACAUGCAGUGAAGGCGCGCAUUGCGUCGGUAAGAAUCAUAGACCUCAUUGCGAGUGUCUUCAGGGAUACACACGAAUCACUGGCGACUCGAGUGGUGCCUGUGCUCCCAAUCUGUGCCAAUCAGAUCGUGAAUGCAAAGACGAUCAGAUCUGUACGACAACCAGAAAAGGAGUACUCGAUUGCGUUGACGUCUGUCAGACAAUCAGAUGUGGUCCUAACGCACAGUGCGCUCCCAUUGACCACACGGCCAGUUGUCAAUGCAAACUAGGAUUCAUUGGUAAUCCUAAUGACUUGUUAAAAGGCUGUUCACCUAAAGACAAGUGCGCUUCCAAUACUGAUUGCAAGACAAUAGAAGUUUGUCAACUAACCCAAAAUGGUAUCAAAGAUUGUAUUGAUGGCUGCAGUAGUAAUCUAUGCGGACCCGACACUAUCUGUUCCACUAACAAUCAGUUCGUUUCCUGCACUUGUAAAGAGGGAUACACUGGUAGACCAGGCGAUGGAACUGUUGGUUGCUAUAGAAUGCCUCACGAGUGUGAUAGUGAUGAUACCUGUCCUUCCAAUGCUGUCUGUGUUGGAGGACCUAAUGAUAUCAACCAAUGUAAGGACCCGUGUGAGCACUUGUUGUGCGGUGAGAACGCCCUGUGCUCGACGUUCAAUCACAGGGCACAGUGUGCCUGUCGUAAGGGAUUUGUUGGCGAUCCCUCACAUAUGUGUAUUAAUCCGGAUGAAUGCAAAUCAGAUGAAGACUGUUCAUUAGAUAGUGUCUGCAGAACCGAUACGGCAAACACUCGCAAGUGUGCCAACGCUUGUCUUUAUGUCAAAUGUGGUAAAAACGCAAUCUGUAGAUCAAAUAAUCAUAAGACACAAUGUUUCUGCUCCUCUGGAUUCGAUGGCGACGCCUACGAUCUCAUUCAUGGCUGUCAAACCUUAAGAGUUAAUCUAUGCGAAGCAGACAUUGAAUGUAAGGCCACUCAUGCGUGCCGUCAAAGCUUAUCGGGAAUUUUGGAUUGUGUCGAUGCUUGCGAUGGAUUCAAUUGUGGUCCCAAUGCAGUCUGCAAAGCAGUCAACCAUAAGGCUCACUGUCAAUGUCUUCCCGGAUAUGUUGGAGAUGCAGAUAAUGUACUCAAUGGUUGUCGACAAAGGGAAACCAACGAAUGCGAGUUUGAUAUCGACUGUCGACAGCCAACAGAUGUGUGCAAACCUAUGAAUGACGGACUCAAGAAAUGCUUCAAUGCGUGUCAGUUCACCAAUUGUGGCUCAGGAUCUAAUUGUGUGGCCUCUAAUCACACGGCAUUUUGUGAAUGUAUUGGAGGAUUCGUAAGAGAUGCCAAUGGUAUUUGCAUACCAAAGGCUAAUGAGUGUAAUCAAGACUCUCACUGUCCGACAUACGAGUCCUGCAGAUCCACACCGUUUGGUAAUCUCAAGUGUGCCGAAGCUUGCAUUGACUUUACUUGUACUCCCAAUUCACGGUGCGUUUCACUACAACAUAAAGGUCAGUGCAAAUGUGAUGCCGGCUUUACUGGCGAUCCUCAGAGCAGAGCUGGUUGUCUUCCGAUUCCUAUUCAUGGAUGCGAUGCUGAUAUCGACUGCGCCAACUCUAACGAUGUCUGUCAACCAGACAUUAAUGGUAUUCGCAAAUGUAUUGACGGUUGCUCUCACUUCGAAUGCGGCAAAAGCGCCGUUUGUAUUAUGAUUAACAGACAUCCUGAAUGUCGGUGUCCACAAACCGGUCUCUAUGUCGGCAAUGCAUAUGACCAAAGUAAAGGUUGCCGACGGGUAGAGUGCAUAGCAGAUCGCGAUUGUGCCGACAAUAAGGCCUGUUCUAAUCAGAACUACUGUUUCGAUCCGUGUAUUAACGGUUGUGGCGCUAAUGCCGUUUGUGUGGCUCAGGCACAUAGUCCUAACUGCAGAUGUCUUUCUGGAUACGCUGGCGAUCCCUAUAGUACUGGAUGUGUUGCUUUAAGACUAUGCGAUUCUAAUCCAUGCCAUCCAUUAGCUCAAUGUGUUGACUCUCACGGCUCCUAUACAUGCAAAUGUCCGCCAGAUUUUAUUGGAGAUCCCAAUGACAAAAGUAUUCGCGGCUGUAGACACCCUAACUCGUGUCCAAACGGCAAUAAGGACUGUCCGUCAAGCGCUGCCUGUCUUCCAGACCCGACUGGUAUAUUGCUUUGCAAGAAUGCAUGUGAGCGCAUGCAGUGCGGACCUAAUGCUGUCUGUGUGACCCGCAAUCACGAACCGUCCUGUAUAUGUCCCGAUAAUUUCAAAGGAGAAGCCGAUUCACUUGGAGGUUGUACUCGCAUCUCACGACUGUGUACUUCAAAUCCUGAUUGUGGUGACAGUCAGGCCUGUGUUGAUGGUCAGUGUCGGUUCGUGUGUACGGUAGACACUGAAUGCGCUUCUGGAGAACGAUGUGUUGACAACUUUUGCGUGAAGGCAUGUAUAGUUCACGACAGUUGUCCCCCGAACGAGGCCUGUGUAUCAAAGGGUUACUGUAAUAUUGGUUGUCGAGACAACUCUGAGUGUGCCUCAGAUCAGGCAUGUAUUCAGAAUAGAUGUCAGAAUCCGUGCGAAAUCAAGAGUAUUUGCGGAUCAAAUGCUUUGUGUUCGGUAAUCAAUCACAACCUGACGUGUGGUUGUGUUUCAGGCUUUGAAGGCUAUCCCACAGCUAUACUCGGCUGCCGAAGAAAAAUUAUCGAUUGUCUUGACAACACUGGCUGUCCAAUUGGUCAUUCGUGUCACGGACUUGUAUGUCGAGCUCCCUGUUCUGAGUGCGUUGAGGGCGAGAAAUGUAUUAAUAAUGCCUGUGCUAUGACCUGUUCUUCAGAUAGUAACUGUCCGACAGGUGAAGUAUGCAGUAAUCACAUCUGUAUAUCCGGUUGUCGUUCAGACGGUGAUUGCAGUAUUAAUCAAAUCUGUGCAAACACUCAAUGUGUUUGUGUUCCGGGAUUUGAAUACAAGACAGGACUGGGAUGUGUUGACAUCAAUGAAUGCGUUAUCAAUCCGUGUCACGAAACAGCCAUUUGCGAGAAUAUCGCUGGAAGUUAUCGGUGUAUGUGUUCUGAAGGAGAAAUCGGUGACGGAAUCACUGGUUGUCAGAACCCGGGAGAGUGUCCGCGAGGAGACUCUGACUGUCCGCCGAACGCCGCGUGUAGAAGCGAUUUCAAUGGUUUGUCAAAAUGUGUCAAUCCAUGUGAUAUCAAUCCCUGUGGACCGCACUCUAUCUGUACAGUUGCUAACCAUCAGGUACUUUGCAAAUGUCCUGAAGUUGGCUUUUAUACCGGAGAUCCGUAUAACAGACAAAAUGGAUGUCAGAAAGUUGACUGUCUUCACGAUGCCGACUGUCCGUAUGACAGACAAUGUGUGAACUUUAACUGUGAGAAUGCCUGCGAUAGCGUUGAUUGUGGUCCUUAUGGAACGUGUGUUAUUCGUGACCGUCAGGCGGCCUGUCGUUGUGAACAAGGAUUUGAAAAUAACGGACGCCUUAUUUGUGUGGACAUUGAUGAGUGUCGACUUCAUCCGUGUCAUAAUACAGCCAUUUGCGAGAACACACCGGGAAGUUAUAGCUGUAAAUGUCCGCUCAAUUUGGUAGGCAAUGCAUACACACAACAAGGGUGUCAUGAACCCGAUGUCUGCUAUAACGGAGAUUCCGAUUGUCCCGAUUCUGCUACGUGUAUACUCGUAGCUGGAGUUCCCAAAUGUAGAGAUCGUUGCAAUGAUCCGACUGUUUGCGGAGUAAACGCCAGUUGUGUGACAGUACACCAUAAGCCUCGCUGUUCGUGUCCAACAAAUUAUUUAGGAGAUCCACACAUCAGAUGCGAUAAAGUCGAGUGCACUACAAGUCUGGACUGUAGUAAACAAAGCGAUGUUUGCUAUGAAAACAAAUGCAUUAAUGUCUGCCAGACAUCAACCGCUUGUGGAGAUAAUGCUGUUUGUGUGCCACAGAUUCACAGCUAUACCUGUAAAUGCAAAGAAGGAUAUUUCGGAGAUCCAAUCGCUGGUUGUCGUAAACGUCUUGCCUGUGAUACUGAUGACAAUUGUCCGACUUCUCAAUUCUGUUAUAUCGACCACUUUUGCCGUAUAUCCUGCAGUUCUCACAGAGACUGUGCUCACAAUGAAAGAUGUGAAAAUGCUAAGUGUAUUCAAGUUUGUCAAUCAAACACUGAUUGCGCUGAAGAUUAUCAUUGCAUUAACUGGAAGUGUAUAUCGAAGAUUGAAAGUAAAUGUCAAACGGAUAAUGAAUGUGACGAUCAUUUGGGAUGUCGAGCCGAUCAAAGAGGACAUACCGAUUGUAGGGAUAUUUGCGAGAAUGUUCUUUGCGGACGAAACGCCGGCUGUCGGGUACGCAAUCACACACCAGUUUGCGAGUGUUUGCCCGGAUUUACUGGCAAUCCUAAUGACAACAAGUUUGGAUGUAAAGCAAUUGAAUGUAUUGACAAUCAGGACUGUAAGGCCAAUCAGGUCUGUUCCAAAUACAACUGUGUCGAUCCGUGUCGUCAACAGAAAAUCUGUGGUGAAAACGCCUUGUGUUCAGCGGAACAACACUCAGCCGUCUGUCGUUGUCUUGAGGGCUUCGAAGGCGAUCCUUUGGUUGGAUGUAUUGCAACUAACUAUUGCGCUAAAAAUCCUUGCCAUCGGUCAGCCAUUUGUAAGAACAAAAUUGGUGGCUAUGAAUGUGUUUGUCCGGCAGAGAAAAAUAUUGGAACACCUUAUGGUGAGCCGGGCUGUCGCGGACCUAAUGAAUGUCCAAAUGGUAAUUCCGAUUGUCCACCAAAUGCUGUCUGUGAGCCUGACUUUACAGGAAAUCUGAUUUGUCAGAAUCCAUGCGAUAGACCACAAACUUGUGGACCAAAUGCUAUUUGCAGAAUUGAAAACAGACAGAGCGUGUGUUCGUGUCCCGAGGCUUUUGCUGGAGAUCCACACGACCAUAGAAGAGGUUGCGUACGAAUACCCACCACUUGUAUCACAGAUAGAGAAUGUACUUCUGGAAUGGUUUGUGAAUUAGGUCGAUGUCGACCUCCAUGUCAUUCUGCCAAAGAUUGCGCUCUUAAAGAAAUUUGUUCCGAAAGUCGCUGUGUAUUAGGCUGUUCUACUGAUGAGGAAUGUCUUUCGGGAGAAAUCUGUUCAAACAGGAAAUGUCAGUUCGGAUGUCGUAUAGAUAACGAUUGUCUGUACAAAGAGGCCUGUAUUUUGAACAGCUGUAAGAACUUGUGCGAUACGCCUACUUCUUGUGGAACCAAUGCUAUGUGUAAUAUGAUAUCCCAUCAGCCGGUAUGCAGCUGUCCGGUCGGCUUCUCGGGCGACGCAAAGCUUUCGUGUACUCGAGUAAUGCGAAUGUGUUUGUCAAACAAUGACUGUCCUCACAAUUAUUUCUGUACUGAAGGCAAAUGUAAACCCGAAUGUGUUUCAGAUAAAGACUGUGCUUUAGGAGAGAAAUGCUUUGGAGGCUUCUGUGCUCUUCUCUGUCGACACGACAGCGAAUGUCAAUACAAUGAGAUCUGUAAUCAAAACCGAUGUCAAACUGGAUGUCGAUCUAAUAGCCAAUGUAGUGAUCAUCUUAUAUGUACAAGAAAUCAAUGUAUGGAUCCGUGCGAAGGAAGUGCCGCUUGUGGUCCAAACGCUUUAUGCAAUGUUGUCAAUCACCGAAUCACAUGUAGUUGUCCGCCGAUGUUUGUGGGCCGACCCACUGCUAAUGUUGGUUGUAUGAGGGAAUCAAUCUCCUGUAUGUCAAACAUUGAUUGUCACACUUCCGGCCAUUUCUGUGCAAACACCAGGUGUCGACCCACGUGUAGCGCUAACAAAGACUGUGCGGUCGAUGAGAAGUGUAUGAAUGGCAGAUGUCAUAUACAUUGUACUAAAGACAGAGACUGUCCGUCCAGUGAAAUAUGUCUGCAAAACACUUGUAAUGUUGGCUGUCGUUCCGAUUCAGACUGUGCCUCAUCUGAGACCUGUAUCAACAAUCUAUGUAUAGAUCCAUGUGCUUCGCCAACUGCUUGUGGCACAAAUGCCAUCUGCAGUGUCGGGCAACACGAGAAGAUCUGUUCGUGUAAAGAAGGAUCCAUUGGUAAUGCAUAUGUUGAAUGCGUACGAAUGACAACAUCUUGUGGUCCACUCGACACGUGUCAACUCGGAAGCAGAUGUGAAAACUCUGUCUGUCGGCUGCAAUGCUCUUCAGAUAACGAAUGUUUUGACAAUGAGAAAUGCAUAGACAGACUCUGCAGUAUUAUCUGCACCAUUGAUGAUGUCUGUCCACAAGGCUUUGUCUGCGAUGGUGGCAGAUGUGUGUCUGGAUGUCGAUCAGAUGCUGAAUGUCCGUCAAGCGAGUCAUGUAUUAACCGAAAAUGUAUGAAUGUAUGCGCCAGUCCUACAGCCUGUGGAAGUGACGCCAUAUGUAAUGGUGUGAAUCAUCAGCCAUUCUGUUCGUGUCCAACAAGAUAUACGGGUAAUCCAAAGAUUGCUUGCAAACGAAUGGAUUGCGUGGUUGAUGUUGAUUGUGGAUCGGGAAAGAUAUGUCAAAACUAUAAAUGCAUUGCCGGCUGCAGAUCUGAUGGUGGAUGUGCUGAUGACCAGAGCUGUAUAAGUCUUCAGUGUACUAAUCCCUGUUUGUUUAGUGGUGUUUGCGGUGAGAAUGCCGUCUGUAGAGCUAAGAAUCAUCAGCCGUUCUGUUCGUGUUCGCCACCAUUUGAAGGCAAUCCCGCUAUUCGUUGCAUUCUUCCGGCACAAGAAGCCAUAUCUUGUAAAACAGACUCUGACUGUUCAAUCGAUAAGUUCUGUAUUCAUCGACAAUGUAUUACACGAUUCGAGUGCAGUGCAGAUAAAGACUGUGCUGUCGGACACAUCUGUGUGAAAGGCAAAUGCUUUAGCGGUUGUCGACGGGAUGAAGACUGCGCUCUUGAUAUGACAUGCUUUUCACAACAAUGUCAAAGUCCAUGCAGUUUUAGAGGCGCGUGUGGUGUCAACGCAGAGUGCGUGCCAUUCAAUCAUCGAUCGAAGUGCACGUGUCCACCAAAUUAUACGGGAAAUCCUGACACACAAUGCUUAGAAUUACCGACCUGUCGUCGUAAUGAAGACUGUCCUAUUGGUUAUGUGUGUCAGAGCGGCAAAUGUUCGGUAAUAUCGGGAUGUGUUUCCGACAAUGAGUGUCGUCCGUCAGAGAUCUGUGAAAAUAGUCGUUGCGUUGAUGGCUGUCGAAGCAAUAGUGACUGCGAUUUUACCAAAGCUUGUAUUAACAGAUUAUGUAUCAAUCCGUGCAAUGUUAAGGUAUGCGGCACUAACUCCCUGUGCAUUGCCAUCAAUCACGACGGUAUUUGUCGCUGUCCUGAGAGCUAUACUGGAGACCCAACCAUCUCGUGUCAAGUGGAACAGGAAGAAUGUUAUGUAGACACGGAUUGUGGAUCUGAGAAGAUAUGUGUCAGUAAUCGCUGUUUAAUAGGAUGUCGCUCUGAUAUCAACUGUCCGUUUGAUAAGUCUUGUAGCAACAGAAGAUGUACUGAUCCGUGUUCAGUACAAACGUCCUGUGGUUUUAAUUCGCUUUGUAAGGCCAUUAACCACAAGUCCGAGUGCUCGUGUCCGCCCAACUUUCAGGGAGAUCCCAAAGUUCAUUGUAUUGAAAGGAAAACACCUGUCGAUACAUACGAGUGCGAUGAAGAUAGUCAUUGUGGACCCGGAAAAGUAUGCGAACAAAACUAUUGUGUGUCACUCCAGAAGCAAUGUUAUAGCGAUACCGCUUGUAAUCCGGGAGAGAUCUGCGAUAAUGGCAAUUGUAUUACUGGUUGUCGUCGAGAUUCUGACUGUACCUUUGAUAAGGCCUGUUAUAACAGCAAAUGCGUGAACCCAUGUACUGUCCAAACGCCGUGCGGACAGAACGCCAUUUGCCAACCAGUACUACACAGACCUCAAUGUCGCUGUCCGUUCAACUUUGAAGGAAACCCUUACGACUACUGUAAAGCCAUUACAAAACUACCGACUCAUGAAUGCACUGUUGAUAAGGACUGCAAUUUAGGCUAUCUAUGCGAACAAAAUGUUUGCAUAAUUGGCUGUAAAUUUAAUGAUAAUUGUCAACAGGACAGGGCUUGUCUUCACAAACAAUGCCUAAACCCAUGCGAUUAUCCGGACUCUUGUGGUGCGAAUGCCAUUUGCUCUACAGUUGGUCACCGACCGAGAUGUUCAUGUCCUCCUGGUUUUACUGGUGACGCUAAUAUUCAGUGCACACCUGUUAUAAUACCGGUGUGUCUGCAGGACGGAGAUUGCGGAACGGGACAGAUAUGCGAAAACGGAAAAUGCAUUGACGCGUGUCGUACAGAUGACACGUGCUCUUACACAAUGGCCUGUAUUAAUCAACGUUGUCAGGACCCGUGCAGUGUAUUUGGCGCGUGCGGUCGUAACGCGUUAUGUCAAUCUGAGAAUCAUAGAGCAGUUUGUAACUGUCCUCCAGAGUUUAGUGGAGAUCCCGGUGCGAUCUGUGAACGUGAAGACUCUCAUCAACUCUUGACUUGUGUUGGUGAUCAUGAGUGCGCUUUUGGUUACAUAUGUGAGUCGGAUAGUUGUCUGGAAGGCUGUCGUAACGAUGACCAGUGCAUACCCGACCAGACUUGUUAUAACAGAAUUUGUAGGAAUCCAUGCGAAUACCCGAACGCGUGUGGAAUCAAUGCCGACUGUUCUUCUAACGCUCACCGACCGGUCUGUUCCUGUCAUUCGGGAUUUAUUGGUGACCCUCAUGUUGAAUGUCGACCACUUCAAGACGUUAAAGAAUGUCAAACUGACAAUGAAUGCGGUAAUCGAUUGGUCUGCGAAAGCAAUCGUUGUAUUAUAGGUUGUCGUAAUAGUCAGAGCUGUGGUCUCGAAGAAACGUGUAUUAAUGGCAUUUGUCAAAACCCGUGCAGUCUUUUUGGUGUUUGCGGUCGCAAUGCUAUCUGUAAACCAUUCAAUCAUACGGCUCUCUGUUCGUGUCCUUCGGGACUUAAAGGAAAUCCAAACGUUGUUUGUACUGAAGCUCCGCCACAAUGUCUUAAAGAUAGCGAAUGUGUUUUGGGACAGAUUUGUGAAAAUACUCAGUGUAUAUCUGGAUGUCGUCUCGACAAUAACUGCCACGAAGACCGCGCUUGCAUUCAUGGCAUUUGUCAAAAUCCAUGUCUAUUACCGAACAGUUGUGGAGUCAAUGCCAACUGUCAGCCAUUUAAUCAUAGAUCUCGUUGUGAAUGUAUUGUUAAUUAUAGAGGAAAUCCAUUCGUUAAAUGCGAGCCAAUUCCCGACGAUUACUGUGAACAGGACGCUGCCUGUCCUUUGGGAAAGAUAUGUGAAAACAAUCGAUGCAUCGAUGGCUGUAGAAAUGACGCCAACUGUCGCUUCGAGGAAUCAUGUAUUGCAAAGACGUGCCAAAAUCCAUGCAAUUUGUUUGGCGCGUGCGGUGUCAACGCAGUUUGCAAACCAUUAAAUCACGACAGGAUUUGCACGUGUAUUCCCGAUUCUACCGGUGAUCCAAAAGUUUUAUGCGAACGAAUUCUACCCCCACCUGAAUGUAUAUCUGACCCUCAAUGUCCUCUCGAGCAUAUCUGCCAAAACCAACGAUGCAGUUAUGGAUGUCGAUCAUCGAGUCAUUGUCCAACAGAUAAGGCUUGUAUUAAAAGCAAGUGUACGAAUCCGUGCAGUCAUAGUGGCGCGUGCGGUAAGGAAGCCAUCUGUUCGGCUGCCAAUCAUGUGGCUGUCUGUAGCUGUCCGAGUGGUUAUAGAGGUGAUCCUGAUGUUGAAUGUAAAGAAAUACCUCCCGAGUGUCGCAAUGAUGAUGAUUGUGGUCUCGAGAGAAUUUGUUUGAAGCAGAAAUGCAUUGUCGGGUGUCGAAUGCAUAACAACUGUCCCUUCGAUAAGGCCUGUGUUAACGGUUUCUGUCAGAGUCCGUGCAGUAUUGGAGGAAUGUGUGGAGUAAAUACCAUUUGCAGAGCUGAGAAGCAUGAGGCCCAAUGCUCAUGUCUGCCCGGAUAUACUGGUGACCCAUUGAGACAAUGUAUUAAAGUAUCGUUUGAAUGUGAAGUCGACAAAGAUUGUGGAAAUGGAUACGUUUGUGCCAAUCAAGAGUGUAAAGAUAUUAAUGAGUGUCUCAAAGAACGAGUGCCUUGUGGUCCCGGAGCAAGUUGUACUAAUUUACCAGGAUGGUUUAAAUGUUCAUGUCCUAUGCCAUUAGUUGGAGAUGCUUACGGACCACUAGGAUGCAGAUCACCCCUUCCUGUUUGUACUCAAGACUCCGAUUGUAAAACUGAACAAAAGUGUAAUCCCGUCACUCAAGAAUGUUACGACAUCUGUUCGCGACCCGGUGUGUGUGGUAAAGGAGCCAUUUGUAAAGCCGUCAAUUCAAAAGCUGACUGCUAUUGUCCGUCCGGUUAUAGAGGAAACCCAAAUGUCGAGUGCUCUAUUCGUGACUCCUGUACCAGUAAUACUGACUGUCCGGGAAAUUUGCACUGUUUGGGUGACUUCUGCAGUUGUCCGAAACCAUUUCAACAGCUCUCCUCUUUUUGUAUUUUGACGAGCGUUAACUGUUCUACAACUUCAUUGUGUCCACAAAAUCAAGAGUGUGUUUACAAUCGGGGCAAUGAUAUCACCGGAUUCUGCAUAUGUCCGCGAGGUUUCGUUCUGACCACUGAUGGAUUCUGUAAAGAUAUCAAUGAAUGCGAACAACAAGCCUUUUCAUGUGGUCCCGGAGCUCUCUGUACAAACACUAUUGGCAACUUUAAGUGCAACUGUCCUCUUAGUAGUUCAGGCGAUGCUUAUGGUGAAGGAUGUUUCGCUGAAACACCACGACAAGAGUGUCUUCACGAUUCUGACUGUCACGAAGAUAAAGCUUGCAUUGACUUCAGAUGUUUGAGUCCGUGUCUUGAGGACACUGAGUGCGGACAGAAUGCCAUUUGUUCAGUUGCUAACCACAGAAAAGAGUGUAAAUGCAAACCAUUGUAUUUUGGAAAUCCAUAUGAAAUUUGUCGAAAACCAGUUGAAUGUGUCUCAGAUGGCAAUUGUCCGGGAAAUUUGCUUUGUUUACCCGACAACAAGUGUGGCUGUCCUCAAGAUUUUGAAAGACAAUUGGAUUAUUGUUCAAAGAAAAGCCAAAAAUGUACGACAACUAACCCAUGUCUCGCAAAUCAGGAAUGUAUAUAUAGUGGAACGGGAAGUGGAUUUUGUGUUUGUCCCCGAGGUUUUAGACUAUCGCUGGAUGGUCUCUGUGAAGAUAUAAAUGAGUGCAUAGAAGAGCCACGAAUAAUAUGCUCGAAGAAUGCCACGUGUGUUAACCUCUUGGCUUCGUAUGAAUGCAAGUGUUUAGACCACUAUGAAGGAGAUCCAUACAGAGACGGGUGUCGACUAAUACCACCAAUAAUUAGGGGCUGUCGAGCAGAUUCUGACUGUUCUCUCAAUAAAAAAUGUGACUUUUCUUUGGGAGAAUGCUAUGAUCCAUGUGCUGUUAGAGGACAUCUAGAAUAUAAAUGCGGACAAAAUGCCAUUUGUAGGACAGAGAACCAUCAAUCGGACUGUUAUUGUCCUCCCGGACAUGAAGGCAAUCCCUUUAAAUUAUGUUUCAAGAAAAUAGUUUGCGGUAUUGACUAUCACUGUCCCGGAAAUCUUAUUUGUUUGGACAGCAAUACAUGCGGUUGUCCGCAAAACUUCUAUCGCGAAAAUGAUUACUGUUUUAUCAAAUCAUCCAAUUGUACGACAACUAAUCCCUGUCCACUUAACGAAGAAUGUGUUUAUACCGGUAGUAGAAGUGGUUUCUGUGUCUGUCCUCACGGUUAUGAGUUACAUCCGAGCGGUGAAUGUAUUGAUUUGAAUGAAUGCCAACACGUAACCUGCGGUUCCGGUGCUCUGUGUAAUAAUAAGCCGGGAGGUUAUGAAUGUAGUUGUCCGGUAGAUACCAUUGGCGACCCAUAUGUUAAGGGUUGUAUACACAUUGAGGGAUGUCGUGCUGUUGAUGACUGCGCCAAUGAUAGGGAAUGUGAUUUAGGAAGUAAACAGUGUAUAAGUCCGUGUUAUAUAUGUGGACCACAUUCAGAGUGUACUGCACGCGACCAUAAGGCCAUUUGCACGUGUCCUAAGGGUCGUAUUGGAGAUGCCUAUGAUAAGAGUGUUGGCUGUUAUGUAGAACCGGUCGAAAUAGAGUCUCCGCGAACAAUACCUCCCCCUUCGGAAAUAUUAGUUAUGUGUUUGGCUGAUGGAGUUCAAGUGUCAGUUCAAUUGGACAGAUUUGAUGGAAUUAUAUAUGUCAAAGGUCACAGCCAAGACCCGCAAUGUAAACGAUUGGUGACCAGUGGUGAAGGAGAUUCUAUAGAUUUCAAAGUCCUAUUUGGUCACUGCGGGCUCAUACAUGUAGACGGAGAAGCGUCGUUUGUAUUAAUUAUACAAAAACAUCCAAAAUUGGUAACUUUCAGAGCCCGUGCUUACCAUAUAAAAUGCGUUUACAAUACGGGAGAGAAGACUAUAACAUUAGGAUUCAAUGUCAGUAUGAUAACAACAUCGGGAACUAUUGCAAAUACAGGUCCGCCACCCACUUGUAUUAUGUCGAUAUGUACUCUCGAGGGAAAAGAAAUUAAUAGUGCAGAGAUCGGCGAUGACUUACUAUUGAAAGUUGACGUCCAACCAGACUUCAUAUACGGCGGUUAUGCCCGAAGUUGUGUUGCAAAGACUAUGGAAGACGACGGAGAGUUCCAGUAUGAGGUGACCGAUGCCAAUGGAUGUGCCACUGAUCCCAGCAUUUUUGGCAAUUGGGAGUACGACCCGCACAAAAAGUCAUUAAUGGCCCGAUUUAAUGCGUUUAAGUUCCCGGCCAGUAAUAAUUUAAGAUUUCAGUGCAAUAUUAGAGUUUGUUUUGGGUCAUGUCCUCCUGUCAACUGUGAUGGUGUGGACGCCUAUGGUCGCCGUAGAAGACGUCAGAUAAGUGAUGAAGAUUUAGUGCUUACCGAUGCCUUUAAAGAAGGUGCUCUUCGGGAAGAAAUUAUGGUUCAAUCAAAUGCAAUCUUAACAUUUGAAAAGAGAGAGCCCACGCCAUCACUUCCCGUACAAAGCGGCCCAAAAAUUGAAGACAUAGAGCACGUGUGUCUACCAAAAUUAGGUCUUAUAAUAUCAAUGAUAAUAACAACUCUGUUAGCAUUGGUAGCGGUUGCGGUUGCCAUUUCAUGUUGGCUAAUGGCCUAUCGGCGCAAACCUAAGCGCGCCGGACCACUGCCUCAUCCGCCAGACUUUCCAAACCCAUUGUAUACAACACCAGAACCCAUAGCAGAACCGUCACCUGACUAUUACCCGACAUCACAUAAUAUGUGAUCCAUUGAGUCAAUGGAUUUUAUAAAGAGAUAAUAUGUGAUACCAGUCUAAAUCAAAGCCUAAUUUAUGAAGUGUUCAUUCAAUUAAUUAAUUUAUCAAUUUUUAUCCAUCAAAUCAUUUGUUUCAUCAAUUAUUCACACAUUCAUCCAUAAGAAUCACCUCAUCGUUGAUAUCUACCAACUCUUUCCUAACAAUUUAUAAUAUAAGCGGUUCUGGUUCUGUAAAAAAUAUUAAUUAGUUUUUCAAUGGUAUAAUUAAAAUAAAAGAUUUUGACCACUUUUAUGGUAAUCAAAGUGUGUGGCAGAGGAUGUGCCAAAUAAUUGAAUCCACACAUCAAUUGCAUCGAUAGCUCACAAAUAUUAGUAUCAUUUAUAUAUUAAUAAUAAUACCAUAAAAGUGAUCAAAUUCGGGUGAUCUUCACAUCAUUUUUCGGGAUCAGUCUAUUCCCUAAUAAAAACCAAACCCUUAAUUUAACUUAACUUAUAUAGUAAUUAAUUAUUUAAAUUAUAACAUAAAU